CAGCGAUGCCGUCACCUGGGCAGACCCCGACCACUGGAAGCCCCCCAAGGACGUAGGUGACCCCCAGGGCGUAGAGGCAGGGAAGAGCCUUGAACCGUGAGGGGCCGUUAACUCUAAGAUGUCCUUGAGCAGCGGAGCUUCCGGAGGGAAAGGAAUUGAUGCGAACCCGGUUGAGACGUAUGACAGUGGGGAUGAGUGGGACAUUGGUGUAGGGAAUCUCAUCAUUGACCUGGACGCUGAUUUGGAGAAGGAUCAGCAGAAAUUGGAAAUGUCGGGCUCCAAGGAGGUGGGGCUCCCGGCACCCAAUGCAGUGGCAACGCUACCGGAUAACAUCAAGUUUGUGAGCCCAGUGCCGGGCCCGCAGGGCAAGGAGGGCAAAUCCAAGUCGAAAAGGAACAAGACUGGCAAGGACAGUGGGAAGCCAACCCCAGGGUCCUCCCUGUUCACUCCCAGUGAGGGAGCUGGUGGCAAGAAGGAGGCUCAAGGACGUUCUGGGGAUGGCGUGAACUCGGGUGGUUUGGUGCCCACCGUUACCCCAAAGGGCUCAGAGAAGUCGGCCAAGGCAUCUCGCAGUGUGGCUGGCUCCAAGAAGGAGAAGGAGAGUGGCUCAUCCAAGAGCAAGAAGGAAAGGAGUGAGGGUGCGGGAGCUGCGGCGGAAAAGGAGCCUGGCGUGUUGCAGCCCCUGGCCCUGGCAGUGAGGGUGGGACAGUAUGAUGGGGGCCAGGGGACAGAGCCUGCUGCKRCUGAGCAGCUUGGGAGUAUAGCUAUUGACACAGGAGCUGCGCUCAAUCCCUUGGGAGUAAAGUCGGAGCUGGAGGAUGGAGAAAGUGAGUGCCGGCAGCUGAAAAAGGUGAAGUCGGAGAAGAUGGAGUCUCCGGUCUCUACGCCCGCGGUGUUGCCCUUGCACCUCCUUGUCCCCGUCGUCAACAAUGACAUCUCGUCGCCGUGUGAGCAGAUUAUGGUACGCACCCGCUCCGUGGGGGUGAACACCUGCGAUGUGGCCCUGGCCACCGAGCCUGAGUGCCUGGGCCCCUGCGAGCCUGGGACCAGYGUGAACCUGGAGGGCAUCGUCUGGCAGGAGACGGAGGAUGGGAUGCUGGUGGUCAACGUCACCUGGAGGAACAAGACAUACGUGGGGACACUGCUGGACUGCACGCAGCAUGACUGGGCACCUCCCCGGUUCUGUGACUCUCCCACCAGUGACCUGGAGAUGCGCAACGGCCGGGGCAGGGGCAAGCGCAUGCGCCCCAACAGCAACACCCCGGUCAACGAGACAGCUGCUGCCUCGGACAGCAAAGGGACCAGCAACAGCAGCAAGACCCGGGCGGGAGCCAACAGCAAGGGGCGCCGGGGCAGCCAGAACUCCUCGGACCACCGCACCCCGCCUGGCGGCGCCGCCGAGGACGUGAAGGCCAGUCCCUCCUCCGUCACCAAGCGGAAGAGCAAACCCCUCUCUGACAUGGAGCUGAACUCCAGCUCAGAGGACUCCAAGGGCAGCAAACGCAUCCGCACAAACUCGAUGGGCUCAGCCACGGUGCCACCAGCCACGGUCAAAGUGGAGCCGGCUGUCCUGGACCGCAACUGCCCUUCUCCCAUCCUCAUCGACUGUCCCCACCCCAACUGUAACAAGAAGUACAAGCACAUCAAUGGGCUGAAAUACCACCAGGCCCACGCACACACGGAUGAUGACAGCAAGCUGGAGGCGGAUGUGGACAGUGAGUAUGGUGAGGAGCCCUCCCUACACGCCGACGUUGGGAGCUGCAAUGGUGCCGCCGGCUCACAAAAGGGCUCGCUCUCACCCGCUCGUUCGGCCACCCCCAAGGUGCGCUUGAUGGAGCCCCACAGCCCCUCCCCAUCCAGCAAGCUCAGCGCCAAGGUUCCCUGYAAGAAGAAGGUGGGUGGGGAAGGGGACACAGACCCGGGUGCGCUGUCCAAUGACGGCUCUGAGGACGGUCCUUCGGUGGCUGAUGAGACGAGUAAUGACGACUUUGACUCUCUGGAGAAACGAUGCGUUGAUAAGGACAAGUCAAAGAAAGCCUCUGGUGCUAAACAGGAGAARAUCCCUUCCAAAAGCUUGAAGUCGGCCAGACCCAUUGCACCAGCCAUCCCCCCGCAGCCGAUUUACACCUUCCAGACUGCCACGCUUACCACAGCCAGCCCUGUCUCCUCCGGUGGCCUUGCCACAACCGUGGUCCAGACCAUGCCCAACAGCCCCCAGCUCAAACCCAUCCAGCCCAAGCCAACGGUGAUGGGAGAGCCCUUYGCCGUCAACCCUGCCCUCACCCCUUCCAAGGAGAAGAAAAAGAAAGACAAGAAGAAGAAAGAGCCCAAAGAGGUGGAAAACCCUUUGACUCCUGGCAAAGCCUGCAGAGCGGAGGAAGGUAAGAGCCCUUUCCGGGGGGAAUCCAGUGAGCUGGGGAUGAAAGGCGAGGGCCUCCUGAACGGCUCAUCUGACCCCCACCAGAGCCGGCUCGCCAGCAUCAAGGCUGAGGCGGAUAAAAUCUACAGUUUCACCGACAAUGCACCCAGCCCYUCCAUCGGCGGUGCCAGCAGGCUGGAGAACACCACCCCAGCCCAGCCCUUGACCCCGCUGCAUGUUGUCACCCAGAACGGGGCAGAGGCCAGCUCAGUGAAGACUAACAGCCCAGCUUACUCCGACAUCUCCGACGCUGGGGAGGAUGGGGAGGGCAAGCUGGAGAGCAUGAAGGCAAAGGAUCCGGAGCAGCUGGUCAAGGAAGGCGCCAAGAAAGCUCUUUUCCCACCACAACCACAGAGCAAAGAGUCUCCCUACUACCAAGGCUUUGAAACCUACUACUCCCCUGGCUACCCCCAGGCCAGCCCGGGGCCCCUGAACCCCAGCGGGCAGUCUGCGGCUGAGACGCAGGCCUUGAAACUGAAGAAGGACGAGGAGCAGGAGAACCUGGAGGUGAAGGUGAAGAGCGAAGGCUGUGAAGAGAAGAAGGCAGAGCUCGGCAGCGGCUCCAGCCAGCAGCCCUCGGUCAUCCAGCAGCGCCCCAACAUGUACAUGCAGUCCCUCUACUACAACCAGUAUGCCUAUGUGCCCCCCUAUGGCUACAACGAGCAGGGCUACCACGCUCACCUGCUGAGCACCAACCCUGCCUACCGCCAGCAGUAUGAGGAGCAGCAGAAGCAGCGGCAGAGYCUUGAGCAGCAGCAGCAGCGAGGGCUGGAUAAGAAGGUGGAGCUGGGCUUGAAAGAGAGGGAGGUGGCACUCAAAGAGGAGUGGAAACAGAAGCCACCCAUGCCCCCGACACUGACCAAGGCCCCGAGCCUCACAGACCUCGUCAAGUCAGGGCUGAGCAAGCCCAAGGAGCAGGGAGGUCCUGAUAUGGCCAAAUCUGUCAUCAUCCCCAAGCUGGAGGACUCGUCCAAGCUGUCUGGCAGCCAAGUCGCCGAGGGGCUCAAGGUGAAGCUGAGUGAGGCUGGUCACCUUGGGAAGGAGACGGCUGAGACCAAGGCUGGCUCCGAGUGUGGCCGGCAAGCGGAGGUGGACCCUGUGCUCUGGUACAGACAGGAAGCUGAGCCCCGGAUGUGGACCUAUGUGUACCCAGCGAAGUACUCUGACAUCAAGACAGAGGACGAGCGGUGGAAAGAGGAGCGGGACCGAAAGUUGAAGGAAGAAAGAAAUCGAAGCAAAGAAGCCUCAUCCAAGGAGGAUGGGAAGGAGAGCACCAGCUCCGAGUGCAAGCUGACCCCCACUGAGGAGGCUCGCAUGGUGGGGAAGGACCCCAGGCCCAGCGUCCACGUCCCCGUGUCCUCCCCCCUCACGCAGCAUCAGUCCUACAUCCCCUACAUGCACGGCUACUCCUACAGCCAGUCGUACGACCCCAACCACCCCAGCUACCGCGCCAUGCCCACCGUCAUGAUGCAGAAUUACCCAGGAUCAUACCUACCCUCCAGCUAUUCCUUCUCUCCGUAUGGGAGCAAGGCAUCCGGCAGCGAUGACAGCGACAAGUCCCGAGCCAGCCCCAGYGUGAGCUGCAAAUCCAGCUCUGAGUCCAAGGCCCUGGACAUCCUGCAGCAGCACGCCAGCCACUACAAGAGCAAAUCACCCACGAUAAGCGAGAAGACGUCUCAGGAGCGGGACCGCGGCGGCUGCGGGGUGGUGGGAGGCGGCGGGAGCUGCAGCAGCGUGGGGGCAGCGGGCGCAGGGGAGAGGAGCGGCGACCGGCCCCGCACGUCACCCUCACAGCGCCUGCUCUCGACGCAUCACCACCACCACCACCUCGGCUACUCGCUGCUGCCGGCGCAGUACAACCUGCCCUAUGCAACAGGUCUCUCGUCCACAGCCAUCGUUGCCAGCCAGCAAGGCUCCGCUCCUUCCCUGUACCCGCCUCCCCGGAGGUGAGAACGGACGUGACACGCCAGGAUGCCUGGGCCAUACGAGACAUGUGACUGGCUCACAUGGGGAAGCGCUGGAGACUCCUUUAGACAUCAGUUGAAUGGUGUUAAUUGUUCUGCUUGACGUUCCUGCCGCGAUCUGAGGCAGACUCUGUCUUCUCCCCCRGUCGGACACUCAGUGACUGCCCCCCACACCCCUCUUUGGUGAGUGGGCGAGCCGGUACCUGCGGGAAUAUUUAUUCUACUGGGCACCGRCACUCGGGGUGGAGGUGACUUGCCCGCCUGGUGCAUAUGAAGAGGAAACAGAAGCACUGAGGUUUCUCGAUGAAUUUGGGACCCCACCGUGUCUCUGCGAGCUGCUGCUUCACCACAGGACUGGGGGCAGGUGGGCACUUGGAGCACAGGGCCAAGCCUGCCAUGGGGCCACAGUCUCAGGAAAGGAAGGGCUGGCUCACAGAGCCUUGGUGGGUGUCAGGGGGCUGCUGYGAGCUGGGUCGGGGGGGUGUCAGCCCGGCCAGAGGCAGCCACGGGGCUCUCCCAGUCCCUCAUCUGGUCCAACACCCACCACUCUGUGCCUGUGGGCAGGAGCUGCCAGCGCAUGGCUGAUGGCCAGAGCAGGCUGGGGAGCUCUUGGCCCUGGCAAAGCAGCAUCUGCUCUCAGGGGCUGGGGCUCCAUGGGGCUGGGGGCAGCGGAUCUCAGAGCCAAGGGCUGUGUCUGUCACCCCCAAGGCUGCCAGGGCCCCCCGGGCCAUGCAUGGUCCAGACCUGUCUGAAACUUCUGCCUGUAGCUUUUGAGUUGGUCUCUGAGCUGCAGCCCUGCAAAUCCCAACCUUUCCUCUGCCCCCCAAAUCCCGGGACAGCACAUCCUGUUGUGGGGGGCUGUKGCUCCCCUUUUCAUCCACCUUUAUCUUUCAAGGCGGCUUCCCCAGGCCGCAGGCAGGGCGCAGAGAGGAACAAGCACACUUAGGUUCUGCCAGAGGCACGUGGGGCCGUGCUGGGCCUUGCUCUGGCCUCGCGCCGGGGCUGGGGUCAGCAAGUCCUGGAGGAAGCUGAUCCCCACUCCRGCUGCUCCCCAGCUCCAAGGACAGGGGCUUUCUGGUCCUCUGCCCCCAGCCCCAGAGUGGCUCUCCCCAGGCCGACACUCUACCUCGGCUCCGCAGCGGCCAGGCCGCCCCCGCUCUUCCCUCACCUCUCCCGCUGCCUGGCCGGGGGACACAGGGGCCAUCGGUCUCGGUUGUGUGUGUCCGUGUUGCACCCGGCCCCGAGGGCCGCUGUACGGGGAUGCUCUGCCCGCCGGGCUCUGUACAUACUGUAAAAAGCAAUUGUUUGAAAGCUGUUGUUUUGGGUUUUGUUUUCUUAUCCCUUUUCUCCCCCAUCUCACCGUACCCGGUUGGAAAGGCGGCACUGGCUGCUCUUGGCCCCAGUUCAGGCGCUGGCAGCARUGGCCCCAGCCUGCUCUUGUUGUUUGACUCAUUUUCCUUCCACUCUUCCUUGUCUUUGGAAGAAGAUGGGGCCGCGUGGCCCGGCACACUCCGCAGGGACAGGGUGGGUGAUGGACCCACCCCGCRCCCACCAGAGCCACACGCAGCCACGGGGCUGGGGACCGGCGGGCUCGGGGUGCUUUGGAGAGCCCCACAUCCCACCCGUGGAGGAGUGUCCCGCUGGCUGCUCCUACCUCCAGCCUCGGCCGGCCCGGCACAGCCCGGCUCCCCGCAYGGCCGGGGCCCACAGCGGCUCCAGGGGCGCACAGGAGGUGCCUGGGGGUGUUGGGGGGUGCUGCAGGCUCUGCUGGCAGUUGGAGGGGGUCGGGGGGCUGCUCCCCACCUUCCCACUUGGGUCCCAGUUGAGUCUCCCUUUAGGUGUUAAAUGAAACAACGGUUUAUGCAGAAUAGGUUUGAGGUUUGACGUUUCCCGGGUUCUCUGGGCCAGUUGUUGCCUGCGGGACCGCCCCUGGCCCCAGCGUCAGACCGUUGGUGUUUAUAGCUUGUUUCCAUUGGCGUUGCUGUGUUGGGUUUCAUUUCAGUCUUCCUGACUCUGCCCUUCUGUAAAGUGUACAUUAUUACCGAGUUCCUUGUUUUUUUAUAUAUAUAUAUAUAAAUAUAUAUAUAUACAAACUGUACUCUUCUUGCCUUUGUACAUUUAGGCAAGGAGGAAGAAUAAAUCUUUUUAAGAGACAAUCACAAACCUGUGAGGGUGG